CCGGUGACACAAUAGCGAAUCCAAGAUGGCGGAUCCGGGCGCAGGAAGCUUGCACGGGGGGGACGCGGCGCUGCCGUGCCCGCCCGAGGAGCAGGAGCUGAGCCAGCGCCUCCGCCGCCUCUACCCGGCCGUGAACCAGGACGAGACGCCGCUGCCGCGCUCCUGGAGCCCCAAGGACAAGUACAACUACAUCGGCCUCUCGCAGGGCAACCUGCGCGUCCACUACAAAGGUCAUGGAAAAAAUCACAAAGAUGCUGCUUCAGUCAGGGCCACGCAUCCCAUACCUGCAGCUUGUGGCAUUUAUUACUUUGAAGUGAAGAUUGUCAGUAAAGGUAGAGAUGGGUACAUGGGAAUAGGCCUCUCAGCCCAAGGUGUCAACAUGAACAGACUUCCUGGCUGGGAUAAACACUCAUAUGGGUACCAUGGUGAUGAUGGGCACUCCUUCUGUUCUUCGGGGACAGGCCAGCCCUAUGGUCCUACGUUCACUACUGGAGACGUGAUUGGCUGCUGUGUCAACCUCAUCAACAACACCUGUUUCUACACAAAGAAUGGCCACAGCUUAGGUAUAGCCUUUACAGACCUCCCUUCAAAUCUAUAUCCCACUGUGGGGCUCCAAACUCCAGGCGAGAUAGUUGACGCCAAUUUUGGGCAGCAGCCAUUUGUGUUUGACAUUGAAGACUACAUGAGGGAAUGGCGAGCAAAGAUUCAGAGCACCAUCAAGAGAUUUCCUAUAGGAGACAGACUAGGCGAGUGGCAAGCAAUGCUCCAGAACAUGGUAUCUUCCUACCUGGUUCAUCAUGGGUACUGUGCAACAGCAACUGCCUUUGCCAGAGUGACAGACACCACAAUCCAGGAAGAUCAGGCCUCCAUAAAAAAUAGGCAAAGAAUACAGAAACUAGUAUUAGCAGGCAGAGUGGGAGAGGCUAUAGAGGCUACACAACAGCUCUACCCUGGCCUCCUAGAACACAACCCUAACCUGCUCUUCAUGUUAAAGUGCCGGCAGUUUGUGGAGAUGGUGAAUGGAACAGACAGUGAAGUGCGUUGUUUCAGUGCCCGUAGCCCCAAAUCCCAGGACAGUUACCCAGGGUCCCCCAGCCUAAGCCCUAGACAUGGAUCGAACAACUCGCAUGCUCAUAGCACUGGAGCAGACAGUCCAAGCUGUAGCAAUGGAGUCAUGUCCACCAAAAGCAAACAGAGCCACAGUAAAUACCCAGCACUGAGUUCAUCAUCUUCCUCCUCAUCAUCAUCCUCUCCUUCAUCUGUGAACUACUCUGAGUCAAAUUCAACAGAUUCCACCAAAUCCCAGCAGCACAGUAGUACGAGUAACCAAGAGACCAGUGACAGUGAGAUGGAGAUGGAAGCUGAACAUUACCCCAAUGGAGUCCUUGAAAACUCAUCCACCAGAAUAAUGAACGGCACCUACAAACAUGAAGAGAUCCUACAGACUGAUGAGUCCAGCAUGGAAGAUGGCUGCCCGCAGAGGCAGCUCUGUGGAGGGAACCAUGCUGCCACAGAGAGAAUGAUCCAGUUUGGGCGGGAGCUGCAGACCCUGAGUGAGCAGCUAUGCAGAGAAUAUGGGAAGAACACGACGCACAAAAAGAUGCUUCAGGAUGCUUUUAGCUUGUUAGCGUACUCUGACCCUUGGAACUGUCCUGUUGGUCAACAGUUGGAUCCGAUCCAGAGGGAACCUGUGUGUGCUGCACUCAAUAGUGCUAUAUUGGAAUCUCAGAACCUGCCAAAGCAGCCCCCCCUGAUGCUUGCCCUGGGCCAGGCCUCAGAGUGCUUGCGGCUCAUGGCUCGUGUGGGCUUGGGUUCCUGCUCCUUUGCCAGAGUGGACGACUAUUUGCACUAGCCACCAGAGUGAGAUGGAGUGAUGUCCUCCAGUGCUGCCCUUCACCCUCCAUUGCCGCCACCAACACCUCCUCCUCUUCCCUAGCCUGACCUCCCUGCUGCCCAGUGAAAGGACAAAAUGCUGGUUGAGUUAGUCCCUCAUCACCAGUGGUCCCUCAGCGCACAGCAGUUUCCAGCCCCAGAAGUGGCUGGCAGACCUCUCCCAUCUCCCCUGUCACUGUGGCUGCAGCAGCACUCAGUAUUUGCUGGUUAAUCUAAUGUAGCGCCUUCCGAUUUAGGUUUUUAUCUUUAUUUUGUUUUCUGACUGAGCCACCAGUAUUUAUAUCUGGAGAGUUUGUACUGAGCUGGUUUCUGCUAAUUUAGUGAUAAAGCUCAUCCAAGUUGGUGACAGCUUGUUGUUUCCUUAAGAACCGUAUCUCCAUCUCUGUCCUUGCCCACCCACCACUGCACGCACACACACAAUACUUAUCCCAUUCUGGUUACCUGAGCUCUUCCCCAAGAACAGUUUAGUGUUUUUAUUUAAAUCCCAUUCAUUAAAAAGGUCUCUUCCACCUUGGCAAAAAAGUUGUUCAUGUAUUUAUUCUCCACAGACCAACACCACUUGUGCCCUUCCUACCCACCCCUUCCUGCAGUUAUUUUUAGGCUCUCUCCUGCCAGGUACUCAAAAUGGGAAGUGAUUCUUUUUCCAAGAAC